CCACAAGACAGUCCACAGAAAGUAUCAUAUUGUCUUCACUGCGCUAGCACCCUGACUUUGACAGAUUUACGUCCACACUAGAUUCCUCUUGACGCCGACUGAGGCCCUUCUUGCAUUUACCUUGAUUACCUUCGCAUAGUUGUUCUAUCAACCGGCGGGCCCGCAUUUAGGUGCCCCGGGAAACAUGCAGGACUUCAAAGGCAUAAGCGAGAAGUUUCGCAUGAACCUUGCACACCAUGACGGUGGCACCGAUCGUGUGGUGGUCCAGAUAGGCCUGGACGGCCUCAAGCUGCUGAAUGCCUCCGACAACAGGACCAUGCGGUCCUACGAGCUGGGCCAUAUCAGUCGCUGGCAGUCGCGCGGUGGCAGCCUAAUUCUCUACACCCGGACGCCGGUGGACGUGGAGGAGCGGCAAACCACUCUCUCAGCAGAUGACAGCACCGUGCGGAACGCUCUGGACACGCUCACCUGCUGCUGCAUGCAGCUCGCGGAGCUUCUGCAGAGCCGGCAAACGGAGACGGCGCAGGAGACCGCAAACAACCUCCACGCUCUGGUGGUUGGAGGCGGGAAAAAGAAGACCGCGCUGCCCUCAGCCGAUGAGGUGGAGUACUGGCGGUCUCCGGACAAGGCGGGCUGGCUGCAGAGCCAGGGCGACGUGAUCAAGAACUGGCGCAACCGGUGGUUUGUGCUCAAGCAGGGCUACCUGUUCCGCUUCUACAACGACAAGGUGGCAGAGUCAAUCAAGCCGCGCGGUGUGGUGGACCUGAGCAAGGUGCAGGACGUCAAGGUGCUGCCGGGCCGCGGCAACACCAUCCAGCUCAAGACCACCAGCGGCGGCGUGGUGCACUACAUCGCGAGCACGGAGACGGAGGUGGUGGAGUGGGUGUCGGCCAUAGAGGGGGCCAUGGCCAAGAUACACAAGACCAUCGCGGGUGUGGAGGACGAGCCGGCGCCAGCCAAGCCCAAGCCCAAGCCGGCGGCGGCCGCUCCCACGCCCUCCAGCAACCCCGCCGAGUGGCUGCGCCAGAUGGAGCGCAACUUCGAGGCCAACAGCAACAGCCCCCGCGGCGGCGGUGGCGGCGGCGCCAGCAGCUCUGGCCGCCACGGCAGCAGCAGCCACCACCACGGCGGCAGCGGCGGCGCCAACCUCAGCAGCACAAUGGUCAGCGUGGUGGGCUACGACGCCGUGCCCAGCAGCAGCGGCAACGGUAACGGCAACGGCGGCGGUUACAACCGUGGUGGCGGCGCAGGCGCGGCGGACCCGUAUCGCGUGGAUAACUCUCCGUACGCGUCGCUCAACCGGCAGUACAGCGGCGGGUACCAGUCCAUCACAGCCGGCAUCGCGGGCGCGCAGGCACUCGCAAGCGACCUGGACCUCAACUACGGCGGCGGCGGUGGCGGUGCCGCGGCCCAGCCCGGCUACGGCCAGCCGCAAAUGCAGCGCCACCCUUCGUACGGCGCCCCGUCGCCCAGCGCACAGCAGCAGCCCAACGGCGGCGGCUACAGCGGUUAUGGAAAUGCGGGUAGCUACGGCGGCGGUUACGGGCAGGCACCGCAGCAGCCGGUGCAGGUGGCGGCGCCGGCGGUGUCGCUGAUUGAUCAGGUGCCGCAGCAGCAGCCGGCCUACCCGACCUACUUCCAGCAGCCGGCGCCGCAGGCGCAGCCCGCGCCGCAGGCGCCGGGCGGCUGGCAGGUUCACUACACGGGCGAGGGGCGGCCCUACUACUACAACGCAGCCAGCGGCGUGACCACGUGGGAGCCACCCGCAGGCUUCGCAUAGGGUGACGUGAGAGGUGUAGCUGGCGGCCUUUAAGCGGCUGGCGCGUGUUUGUGUGUCGUAGGAGGCUGUGUGCCAGGGUUGUGCGAUGGGACAGGGGUUAGGCAGGUUGGCGAGGUCCCGUAGGGUGCAGCUGACGCCCAUACCCCAAGCAGACGGCAAACAAUUUGCAGCGGCAGAGCAGAAGUGAUGGCUGGUCGAACGCCGGAGUUGUGCCAGGGUUGUGUGUGGAGUGUGUCGUUGGGGUUUGGGUCGUAGGGUUGUGGGGGCACAGGAUGCAGUAAUUGACGGUGGCGAGGCGGGGCGGCAGCGCCAAAAGCGACAGGGCCCAGGCAGCAGCGCGUUUCGGCGCCAGGCGUGCAGAGGUCUUGCAAGAGUGCGAGGUGUGCCUCGGUGGCACCCAGCACGCAGUGUGAUGCAAUCAGGCAUCGGGUGCAUGGACGGGCGUGGACAUCGGUUACAUUUGCUGGCGUUGUCAUGCAGGAUGUUUGUUUUGGGCGCUGGGAGGUGGACGCGGCUCCUUCACUACCGGCACGCCCUACUCAGCCAUUCGCUGUUCGCUGUUUCCAUCUGCGUCAGUGCAUCAGACAGUAUCCCGUGCGCCCUUCACCUUGUUUCAUCCCGUGUAAGAAGUUGCCGGU